GUGGCGAGCACGCGCAGCGCGCGAGCACGAUGAAAUGAGAAAAGCAGCACUGAUUAGUGGCGGAAAAGCAGAAAGCAGGAGUUUCGUCGAACGAAGCGAAGGAGCUGGUUAUGGUGAGAUAUGAAGUGAAGAGAAAUAGUCGUAAUUUCUUGCGCUGAGUCAAGAUGGUUCGGUGUCAUGAGCCUUUCAUCUCAAGGAAGUUCGUGCGAAGGACGAUUUGAGAGAGAGAGAAAAUCUCGUACGCUGGAAUAUUGUACAGCGGCCGGUGUGGGAGCUCGUCUGGGGCGCAGGCUGCAAACUGAAGCGAACUAACUCAAGCUGGAGUCUGUUCUCAGCUCGAGAAGGUGUGAUGUCUUGAAACAGUCUCCGGAGCUUUUGAAGGAUGUGCAGUGAGUUCUGAUGGGAACUGCGGUUCCAAUAUGAGUGUUCAUGAUGUUGGAGGAAGACGACGCUUCGAGGACACAGAGUUCACCCUGCGCAUCUACCCUGGGGUCAUCGCAGAGGGCACCAUCUACUGCCCGGUCGCCGCCCGCAAGAACACCUCGGCCGCCGAGGUCAUCGAGCAGGUCAUUGACCGGCUGCAGCUGGACCGAACGAAAUGCUACGUCUUGGCAGAGGUGAAGGAGUUUGGGGGAGAGGAAUGGAUCCUCAACCCCACCGAUUGCCCCGUGCAGCGCAUGAUGCUGUGGCCGCGCAUGGCCCUGGAGAAUCGCUUCAGCGGCGAGGAUUACCGCUUCCUGCUGCGCGAGAAGAACCUGGACGGCUCCAUCCACUACGGCAACCUGCAGAUGUGGCUGCGCGUGACGGAGGAGCGGCGGCGCAUGGUGGAGCGCGGCCUCUUGCCACAGCCGCUGCAGAAGGACUAUGACGACCUGUGCAACCUGCCCGACCUCAACGAGAAGACGUUGCUGGACAACCUCCGCAGUCGCUUCAAGCAGGAGAAGAUCUAUACUUACGUGGGAAGCAUCCUCAUAGUCAUUAACCCCUUCAAGUUCCUGCCCAUCUACAACCCCAAAUAUGUCAAGAUGUACGAUAACCACCAGCUGGGGAAGCUGGAGCCGCAUAUAUAUGCGGUUGCGGAUGUAGCCUAUCAUGCUAUGCUGCAACGCAAGCAGAACCAGUGUAUAGUUAUCUCUGGGGAAAGUGGCUCGGGCAAGACCCAGAGCACCAACUUCUUGAUCCAUCACCUCACAGCACUCAGUCAAAAAGGCUUCGCUAGUGGAGUGGAACAGAUCAUUCUUGGAGCUGGACCAGUGUUAGAGGCCUUUGGAAACGCAAAGACCGCACACAAUAACAACUCGAGCCGCUUCGGCAAGUUCAUCCAAGUGAAUUACCAGGAGAGCGGCACUGUUAGAGGCGCGUAUGUGGAGAAGUACCUGCUAGAGAAGUCCCGGCUUGUCUAUCAGGAGCACAAUGAAAGGAACUACCAUGUGUUUUACUACCUGCUGGCGGGCGCGAGUGAGGAGGAGAGGACGGCAUUCCACCUCCGAAAACCUGAAGAAUACCAUUACCUCAGUCAGAUGAGAAAGAAACCUCAGAGACUGCACUGGGAAAAUUACUAUGAGAGCGAACCGCAGGAUUGUUUCACAGUGGAAGGGGAGGAUCUGAAGCACGACUUUGAGAGGCUGCAGCUGGCUAUGGAGAUGGUGGGGUUCCUACCCGCUACACGCAAACAAAUCUUUUCUCUGUUGUCGGCCAUCCUUCACUUAGGAAAUAUCCGAUAUAAGAAGAAGACGUACCGGGAUGACUCCAUCGAUAUCUGCAACCUUGAUGUUCUGCCCAUCGUCUCAGAGCUGCUGGAGGUGAAGGAGGAGAUGCUGGUUGAAGCCCUGACAACAAGGAAGACAGUUACUGUAGGAGAGAGGCUGAUCGUGCCCUACAAGCUGGCUGAGGCUGGGACUGUGCGUGACUCCAUGGCUAAAUCGCUGUACAGCGCUCUGUUUGACUGGAUCGUGUUCAGAAUCAAUCACGCACUGCUCAACAACAGAGACCUGGAGGAGUCAGCCAAGAUGUUGUCCAUUGGGGUGCUUGACAUCUUCGGCUUUGAAGACUAUGAGAACAACAGCUUCGAGCAGUUCUGCAUCAACUUUGCCAAUGAGAGACUUCAGCAUUACUUUAACCAGCACAUCUUCAAGCUGGAGCAGGAAGAGUACAGGGCAGAGGGCAUCACCUGGCAUAACAUAGAUUACAUCGACAACACAGGCUGCAUAAACCUCAUCAGCAAGAAACCCACAGCACUGCUCCACCUACUGGACGAAGAGUGCAACUUCCCACAGGCCACUAACCAGACAUUACUGGACAAAUUCAAGCGGCAACAUGAGGGUAACAGUUACAUUGAGUUUCCUGCAGUCAUGGAGCCGGCUUUCAUCAUCAGACACUAUGCCGGGAAGGUCAAGUACGGCGUGAAGGACUUCAGGGAGAAGAAUACGGACCACAUGCGGCCGGACAUCGUAGCUCUCCUGAAGAGCAGCAAGAACGCCUUCAUCUGCGGCCUCAUCGGCAUCGACCCGGUGGCCACUUUCCGCUGGGCUGUCUUGCGGGCAUAUUUCAGAGCCGUGGUGGCUUUUAGGGAGGCAGGGAGGAGACGUGUGGAGAAGAAGAGUGGGCAUGAUGAUGCUGCUCCAUGUGCAGUUUUGAAAAGUGUGGAUAGUUUUAGCUUUCUGCAUCACCCUGUGCAUCAGAGAAGCUUAGAGAUCCUGCAGAGGUGCAAAGAGGAGAAGUACAGUAUGAGCAGAAGGAGCCCUCGCACGCCGCUCUCGGACCUACAGGGCACCAACAACGAGCGGUCUCCUGGAGAGAGCCGGAAUGGCCGUGUUGGAAGACAGAGCAGACUGUCCUCUGCUGGCUCUGUCACAGAGGAGGAUGGGAUCUUCAUCAACUCCACCAGCAGCAAGCUCCUGGAGAGAGCACACGGCAUCCUCAUGAGGAACAAAAACUACAAAAUGAGACCCAGUCUUCCAAAGCACUUGCUGGAUGUGAAGUCUCUGAAGUACCUGAGUAACCUGACCCUGCAUGACCGCAUCACCAAAUCGCUGCUGCACCUCCACAAGAAGAAGAAACCUCCAAGUAUUAGUGCCCAGUUUCAGGCAUCUCUUAAUAAGCUAAUGGAGACUCUUGGUCAGUCCGAGCCCUACUUCGUGAAAUGCAUCCGAUCAAAUGCAGAGAAGCUGCCCUUGCGGUUUAAUGACAGUCUGGUGCUGAGGCAGCUUCGCUACACAGGCAUGUUGGAGACGGUUCGCAUCCGACAGUCAGGCUACAGCGUCAAAUACACUUUUCAGGAGUUUGUUCGUCACUUUCACGUGAUGCUUCCUGAGGAUCUAGAGCCCACACAGGAGAGCAUCAGAAGCUACCUCUGCCAGGUGGACCUUCCACCUGAUGGCUUCCAAGUCGGCUCCUCUAUGGUAUUCCUCCGUGAGGUGGACCGCCAGCAGCUGCAGGACCUUCUCCAUCAGGAAGUGUUGAGGAGAAUUGUGAAUCUCCAGCGCCGCUUCCGAGCCUUGCAGGAGAGAAACAAUUUGCUCAUGAUGAGACAGGCUGCCUGCAUCAUACAGCGCUUCUGGCGGAGCAGCCGGGCCAGGCAGAGGAAUGAGCAGCUGGAGUAUGAUCGUAACAUCCAGCAGGGAGCAGCAGUGUGUAUCCAGUCAGCCUGGAGGGGGUUCAGAGACCGCCACAGAUUUUUGCUAUGGAGAAAAGCGGUCCUGGUCAUCCAGAGGAACUGGAGAGUAUGCCGUUAUCGACGGGGUCGAGCUGCUCUCAUGAUCCAGGCUGCCUGGAAAAGCCACAAGGCCAGGAAGCACUACCUCCAGCAACGGCACAUGGUCAUUGCACUCCAGGCGGCAUGGAGAGGCUAUUUGGCUAGGCAGAGGUUCAGAGAACUAAGAGAGCAGAAGCUGAAGGAUACUCAGUUGCUAAAUGGACAGAUAAGCCUGACUCCAGAGGAAGAGAACCCAAGGAUCAUGGGCCUGGACUUGAGCACAUGGGAGGACUCCUCCUAUAAUGAGCGAGAGAGGAGCCUGCAGCGCCUAAGCGAGACCGAGGCCUCUCAGGAGGAGCCACACAUUGAGGCCUUGCAAGAGACGCAGCAGAAGGACAAAGAUGUGCAAGAGGAAGAAGCAGCAGCAGGACGACCAAUUGCUCAGGUGGUGGUCAGAGAGAGAGCACGGACGCUGGACGAUUCCAACCAGAAGAAGCGAGCCAAGAGGGAGAGCCGGCGGAUGCGGGAGCUGGAGCAGGCGAAGUUUAGCCUAGAGCUGCUGAAAGUACGUUCUGCACAAGAGUUUGAGGAGAGACGCUGGUCAAUUGAGCUGCCCGGUGAAGGUGUCCAGUCUCCUCAGGGCACCCCAGACAGCCAGAGCUCCAAAGGCAGCUUUGAGCUGCUUAGUAUGGAUGACUAUCCCAAAGACAGGGCACCAUAUGCUGAAGCUGAAGACCUUGGCUCUCCUUCUUCAGCACCAGAGGAAUACGAAACAUUCUGCAGCGUCCCCAGAUCUGUUCUUCCUCUGGAUUCUCUUGCACCUGAAAGUCCUAAAAAAGAGCCAGCCAUGAAGCCUGUACUUCCAAAACUGGAGAACUCUCUCCCAACCUUUUACAUCCCUCCAGUAGAUGGCAGCUCUACAGUCACAAAGCCUAGCAUGGAUGCAGCAUCCUCCACCACACAGCCUGAGAGUCCUGCAAAGUCUUUGAAGGACAGAAGAGAGUCUUCCCGCAGACCCAUGGUGGUGGUUAUCAGUAUGCAGAAAGAAACCUCACUAAUUGAAGGAAGCAUAAAGACACCAGAAGUCCGAGACAGCGCUGCCCAGACCAGCGAGCCACCCAGCCCAGCUCAGGUCGACAGCAGCGGCAGCCUGUCCGUGCUAGAGAGGCUAGAGAAGCUGAAUGAGGAAAAGCAGGAGCGGCGGAAGCAGCAGCAACAACAGAACGAGAAGGAGAUGAUGGAGCAGAUCCGCCAGCAAAAGGAAGUCCUGGAGAAGCAGCGCAAGUACUUUGCCCAGUACGAGCGAGAGAUGUUUGAGAAGCAAAGGGGUGAGGCCCUGCAGAGGAUAGAGCAAAGCCGGCUGGAAGGCCCCGAAAGAGCGACACCUAGGUCCAGCUCCGACAUCACAGACAGAGGACCGGCUCCCAUAGCCCAGCCUGAGCCAGAUCUCCUCUCAGGCUCUCCAAAGGCUCAAAACAAACAGGCCGCUCUCUCCACAGUGAGGGAAAGGCCAAAAGACAAACGCACCAUGCCGGAUGGAUGGGCCCCCAAACUAACCUUGGAGUCCCGAGAUGUUGCGGCAAGAGGGAGCCCACAUAAGAAGCCCCCCACGCCAAGCGUCAACAUCAAUAUGGCAGAGAGGCCUGGAAAUAUAUUCUUCUCGCCUAAAGACAAGGCUUCCUUCUCAAAGUUUGAAAAGGAAUUCACCGGUCAAAAGAAGUCACCAGAAGUUCACAAAGAGGCCGCCCCCUCAGAUUUCAAAUCCUCAAUUUCGAAAACACCGAAAGGUCGUGAGGUUGGCAGACCAGGCCAUAAAAAAGCCCGCAUGGCGCGGACGCGUUCUGACUUCCUGACCCGCGGUUCAAAUGCCCCGGGGGAGGGGGAGUCAGAGGAGGAAGAGUAUGAUGAGACCCCUCUGUCUCUUGGCCCACCCCUCCCCAAGCAGGACUCAGAGGGGGGGACACUAGAGGCUUGUCACAGUGACUCUGAAAUGCCCUCCACACCCACUGAGGAGCAAAAGAGGAUGCACAAAACUAUGUCAUCUGGUGACCUUGGCAAGAGUGAAACCUUGAGAAAGAAUUCUCAGGGAGAUGGAAGGGUUCGAGGUAAGAUGCGGUUCUGGACAAAGACGAAGCAGGCAGAAAAGAAGUCCUCCAGGGAGAGGCUAGUGUGCGGCAGUGACACUAUGGACGGAGACUAUGCUGACACCGCACUCCUCAUGGGUGAAGGAGAAUGCCUGUCCCCACCGCACAGCCCUGACUUUAGCAGCCAGCGGGAUUUUAAGGAGAACAAGGAACCGUCACCCAAAGUGAAGCGCCGCCGCAGUGUGAAGAUCAGCAGCGUGGCUCUAGAACCCGCCCAGUGGCAGAACGAUGCACUACAGAUCCUCACGUGUGCCAAUGACUACAAGAGCAUGAAUGAGUUCCUUAUGAAGAAGAUCAAUGAUUUGGAUACAGAGGACAGUAAGAAAGACACAAUGGUGGAUGUCGUCUUUAAAAAGGCGCUCAAAGAAUUCCGCAUCAACAUUUUCAACUCCUACUCCACAGCUUUGGCCAUGGAUGACGGAAAGAGUAUCCGCUAUAAGGAUCUGUACGCGCUCUUCGAGCAGAUCCUGGAGAAGACCAUGCGCCAGGAGCAGAGAGACUGGAGCGAGUCCCCUGUUAAAGUAUGGGUGAACACCUUUAAAGUGUUCCUGGAUGAGUUUAUGACCGAGUACAAACCACUGGACAGCAGCGUGAGCAAAGCCUCUAAACCCGACCGCAAGAAGAGAAGGAAAAAGGACUCGGACAUUGUGGAGGAACACAACGGCCAUGUUUUCAAGUCCACUCAGUACAGCAUUCCCACAUACUGCGAGUACUGCUCCUCCCUCAUCUGGAUGAUGGACAAAGCGUGCGUCUGCAAACUAUGCCGGUACGCCUGCCACAGAAAGUGCUGUCUGAAGAUGACGACCAAAUGCAGCAAGAAGUACGAUCCUGAACUGUCAUCGAGGCAGUUUGGGGUGGAGGUGUCCCGUUUGACCAAUGACGAGCGCUCCGUACCUUUGGUGGUGGAGAAACUCAUCAACUACAUUGAGAUGCACGGCCUCUACACAGAGGGCAUCUACAGGAAGUCUGGCUCCACCAGUAAGGUCAAAGAACUGAAGCAGGCUCUGGACACAGAUGUGAACAGUGUGAAUCUGGAUGAGUUCAAUAUCCACGUCAUUGCCAGUGUUUUCAAGCAGUGGUUGCGUGAUUUGCCCAAUCCCCUUAUGACCUUCGAACUGUAUGAGGAAUUCCUGAGAGUCAUGGGCCUUCCAGACAAAAAGGAGGUCGUACGAGGGGUCUAUUCUGUGGUAGAUCAGCUUAGCAGAACUCAUCUGUACACACUGGAAAGACUCAUCUUCCACCUGGUCAGAAUUGCACUGCAAGAAGAAACCAACCGCAUGUCUGCUAACGCUCUGGCUAUCGUCUUUGCCCCCUGUGUUCUCCGUUGCCCGGACACUAUCGACCCACUGCAGAGCGUACAAGAUAUUGGCAAAACCACAGCAUGUAUAGAACUGAUCAUAUGUGAGCAAAUGAACAAGUAUAAAGCCAGGCUGAAGGACAUUAACAGUCUGGAGUUCGCUGAGAACAAAGCCAAGAGCCGACUGACACUCAUUCGCAGGUCUAUGAAACCUGUAGUAAUUGCGGUUAGGUUUAUGAGCAUAACCCGCAGUGCAGCGGCGGGUAAGGGGAGAGUACGCAGAGUGAGCUAUCACACACCGUCUCCACCGGUCAGUCCUCGCUCUCCCUGUGCCCCUGAAGCCAUGGAGGAGAGUGGAGAUGAGGAAGCAAGUAGAGACUCUGAGGUGUCGGAGCAGCAGCAGGCCGCCAUGCAGCAGGAGGAGAGGGUUCUGACCGAACAAAUUGAGAGCCUGCAGAAAGAGAAGGAGGAGCUGACAUUUGAGAUGCUGUCCCUGGAGCCACGAGCGUCAGACGAUGAGACUCUGGAGUCAGAGGCAUCUAUAGGGACAGCAGACAGCUCCGAGAACCUGAAUGUUGACUCUGAAGGUGCCACGUCUGACUUCUCUGAGAGAGGCCCAGCGCUGACUGCCACCCGACCUAAGAAGUCCGAGGGCAAGACCAGAAGGACUUUGCGGAGGCAGCCCGACUCGCUGGACUCUGUGGACUCCGGCUCCACAGCUUCAUCCGUCUCCUCGUCUCAUCUGCACCCAGCCGCCUCAUCCCACCGCUUUCGACUGCGCUCCAAAUCACCCUCGCCAGGCCUGUUCCGCUCCGGACCACCCGACGAUGGCCCAGAUGCAGCCGAUUCGCAGGACGGUGAAGAGAGGCCGCGCUUCACCAGCCGGGGCACCUUUAACCCGGAGAAGGGCAAGCAGAAACUGCGUGGGGCCAAGUAUUCACCCCUGAGGCACCGCGAGCCUCCAGAGGGUGGUGGCCACCACAAGAGAGAACCAGACCUACAGCCACAGCAGCUAGUGUUGUACGGCACCAACGAGUUCAUGGUAUGAAAGCCAUGGUGGCAACUCCUCCCCAAGAGCUAAUCUUUUUCCUUGCUAGCUCGCUCAUCGGCACCCCCUGUCCAUGUCUACAAGCCAGCUGAACAGUCCCUAAGUGCCAUGUCCACAGAGAGGCAGGAGGAAGGGGUCGGAAAAGCUAUGCUGGAAAUAAAGUGCCAUGCCCUUUGUUCACUGGCUGUAGUCUGUGAUGUUAAUACAGAUGUAAAGUUGCAGAUUAAAGGGCAGUGCCGUCAGAAGCUGGGUGGAGCCCGUAGGCAGGGUAAAGGGAAUGAGAAAACGCAGCAGGAUGUACUCGGCUGCAGCCGGCUGUCCUCAGCAGAUGCACCUGAGUUGCCGUUGCUGAAACAGGAGACAAAGCCAUUGAUAGUGCAGACUCCACAAACUCAAGCGAAACCAUUGGCUGCUUUUAAAGUUUACAGUUUAUAACCGUGUAAGCAGCGUGCUCUAUAAUUACAUGU